GCUUCCGGAUCGCGGUGGGGGCCACUUCCGGAGCAGCAUGGCCGCCACGGAGGACGACAGACUGGCGGGGAGCGGAGAAGGAGAGCGGCUGGAUUUCCUGCGGGACCGACACGUGCGGUUCUUCCAGCGCUGCCUCCAGGUCUUGCCGGAGCGGUAUUCUUCGCUGGAGACCAGCAGGUUGACAAUCGCGUUUUUUGCACUCUCCGGGCUGGAUAUGCUGGACUCUUUGGAUGUGGUGAACAGAGACGACAUCAUAGAGUGGAUUUACUCCUUGCAGGUUCUUCCCACAGAAGACAGGUCAAAUCUGAGUCGCUGUGGUUUCCGGGGUUCUUCAUACCUGGGAAUUCCAUUCAAUCCAUCGAAGAAUCCAGGAACAGCUCACCCUUAUGACAGUGGACACAUAGCGAUGACUUACACGGGUCUUUCCUGUUUGAUUAUUCUUGGAGAUGACUUAAGCCGGGUGGAUAAAGAAGCUUGCUUAGCAGGCUUGAGAGCACUUCAGCUGGAAGAUGGGAGCUUCUGUGCUGUUCCUGAGGGCAGUGAGAACGACAUGAGGUUCGUGUACUGCGCUUCCUGCAUUUGCUAUAUGCUCAACAACUGGUCAGGCAUGGACGUGAAGAAAGCCAUCAGCUACAUCAGAAGAAGUAUGUCCUAUGACAAUGGGCUGGCGCAGGGAGCAGGCCUUGAGUCCCAUGGAGGAUCCACCUUUUGUGGCAUUGCGUCACUGUGCCUGAUGGGUAAACUGGAAGAAGUUUUUUCAGAGAAAGAACUGAACAGGAUAAAGAGGUGGUGCAUAAUGAGGCAGCAGAACGGGUACCACGGAAGACCUAACAAGCCGGUCGACACCUGCUACUCCUUCUGGGUGGGCGCAACGCUAAAGCUUUUGAAAAUUUUCCAGUACACUAACUUUGAGAAGAAUAGGAAUUACAUCUUAUCAACUCAAGAUCGUCUCGUGGGGGGAUUUGCUAAAUGGCCAGACAGUCAUCCAGAUGCUUUGCAUGCAUACUUCGGGAUUUGCGGCCUGUCACUGAUGGAAGAGAGUGGAAUUUGUAAAGUCCAUCCUGCUCUGAAUGUAAGCACACGGACUUCUGAGCGCCUCCGAGAUCUCCAUCAAAGCUGGAAGACCAAGGACUCUAAACAGUGCUCAGAUGAUGUCCAUGUUUCCACUUGACUAACCUGGGGUAAUGGGUUUGUAGCAAAAGUGUAGCUCAAGGUUAAAAGCCAUGUGUAACCAAGUGUGCUCUUCUCUAAGGGGUGGUCUCAAAAGUCAACAGCUUGUACUGCAGAUAUUUCAGGAUGUUCUCUUGAGCCAGUAACCACUCUACUGGAUUUCAAGAAAAUCCUUGUUGAAGCUUGGACAUCAGCAGGACUCUGGUAUGGUUCUUAACUGUUUAUACUGUGUUUCUGAGACAUUUCAUGGGGCAGAUUGAUUAUAUGUUUGUAGGUUAUCUUCUCAAAACCCUCAGUACAAGUUCUGGCUUACAAAAUGGACACAAAUUUUCAAAACAAGUUUACACUCAUAUGGCAUUGAUAAUCUUCAGGUGAGCAUUUAAUGAUCACUUUAAAAAAAACCUCCACUGCUGAUGGUAAAAACUUUGUCUAUUGAAUUAAGUAUCUGGGAUUAUUUAAAAAUUGAUGGUCUCAUAAUUUUCUUAAAGAAUAACAUAUUUUGUGUUAUUCUUAAAGUGUGCCAACUAGACUUGUGUAACCUAUAUAAAUAAAAAUUAAAAGUUCAUAUAAGAAAAAAGUAGGUUUAACUAAUACUAUAGUUUUCUAAAAGGAGAGUAUUACCUAAUUGAGGGAGAAGUAAUUGAACUCUUUAAUUAUGAAUGAAAAAGUUAUAUGUCUUUAUUAGAGAUUCCUUAGGUGAGUACCUGCUGUGUUUUGUUUUAAUCCCAAAUCAUUGACUGUCAUUUGUCUGGGGCAAGGGAGGAAACAAUCUUUGCUAUCUAGAGGAAAGACAUUCAGUGUUUUAUUCUUCGGAGAAACUGUAAAUUAUACUCGUAUGGCUAUAGCUGAGUUCUUUCUGGUUGCUUAGAUUUUUUGUUCAGUGUUUUGUGGCCACCAUAGUUAACUGCUUUAUCUUCCAUCUGUCAGGUUGAGCAUCCUUAAUCCAAAAUCUAAUAUCUGGGUCAGGCAGAGUGGCACAUGCCUUUAGUCCCAGUACUCAGGAGGCAGAGGCAGCCAGAUCUCUUUGAGAUCAAGGCCAGUCUGAUCUACAGAAUGAGUUCCAGGUCAGCCAGAGCUAUAUGAUGAGUCUCUGUCUCGGUGAACAAAACAAUAACAACUACAAAAAUAAUAAAAUCCAGUAUCUGAAAUGCUCCAGAAUCUAAAUUUUUUAACUGACAGCAUGAUACAAUUGGAAAAUUUCACUCUUCAUGUGACAGGUCAAAGAUAAAUUUCAGAGACACUAUUGUGUAUAAAACUACUCGAAACUAAUGAAUAAAGUGUAUGAAAUAAAUGCAUUCCAUAUUUAGACCCAUGUCCUAUCCACAAGCUAAAGUGUAUAUGCAAAAUCUGAAAACAGAAUCUAAAAUCUAAAAUAUUACUUUUGGUUCCAAGCAUUUUGGAUAGUGAUACUCAACCUGUAAAUACUUUUCUAAUGUUUUUAAGUUUGGUAUAUCUUUAAAUAUAAACAGAACCACUGAAGUAUACAUAGUCAUUUAUAUUUUUAUAUUUUUGGCUAAGUGGGAGGGAAAUACAUUCAUUUAGAGGGAUAAACUAGGGGUUCACAUACUCACUGUCUUGUUUUAUUGUCUUAGUUCUAUGAACUAACAACCAAAAGGAGGUGGUGUGAAACCUUUGCUAGCAAUCAACAUGUCACAUUAAAUCACAUAUGACUUGGUGACAAGUAGGAAAUUUCUUCAGUAGAGGAAAUGGGUGUGUUAGUUUUGGCAGUUAUAAGAGUUGUAUUGACCAACAGACAUCAUUGUAAAAGCUAAAUUUCUAGUGUCCCUGGAUAGAUAAUAGCAUUUUUGUUUAAUUCCUAAAUUAAAGAGAUAUUUCCUAUAUAACAUUUCUUCUAAAGGGAAACCUGGCAUAUGAUUGAAAAAAUACCUAUCUUGUUGGCAAACUUGGCGUUAGACUUGAGUUUGUAGUGCUGGGAGUCUAGCUUGCUGCCUGAUGUGCACAAGGCCCUGGGGUCCUUGGCUUUGAUCCUUGGCCCCCAAACUAGCAAACCAAUGGAAAUCCUAAUUAGAAAUAAGUCUUCCAGUGGUGGAGGGAUAAGCUUUGCCAAGAAAAGUUAUCCUGUCAUGAGUGUUUCCAGUUGUUUCUAUUUAAUCUCAAUAUUAAUAAUCAUUGCAGUCUCCAACUGAGUGAUCUUCAGGACAUCAGGAACCGAAGUAGCAUGUGUCAGUGCUGUAGGGGUACUGUGAGGGCGGGGUACUGUGAGGCCAGGGGUACUGCAAGGCCAGGGGUACUGCGAGGCCAGGGCGGGGUACUGUGAGGCCAGGGGUACUGCAAGGCCAGGGGUACUGCGAGGCCAGGGCCGGGUACUGUGAGGCCAGGGGUACUGCGAGGCCAGGGUUUUGCCUGAGUUGCCAUUAGUUGUUAAAAAAGUAAGAAACAUGUUAUUGCCAGGAGGUGGUGUCCACCUUUAAUCCCAGCACUUAGGAGGCAGAGGCAGGCAGAUCUCUGAGUUCAAGGUCAGCCAGGGCUACACAGAGAAAUUUUGUCUCAAACAACAAAAAGUGACUAUAAAAUAGAUUUAUAACAUAAAAGUAAUUUAUAUUUUCACACUUCUUGAAUAAUUUACUAGCAAAGGAAUAUUAAUGACAGAAUGAUUCUGAUCUAUCUAAGAGAUAAGGUUCCACUUUAUGGAUCAGUGAUUCUGAUCUAAGAGAUAAGGAACUUUAUGGACCAGUGAAUGUUCAUGUUUCAUAGAACCAACCAAAAAAUACUGAGUUGUUAUGAAGUAUGGAAGAAUUGUUUCUAGCUUUUCCUAAAUAGUUAUGUAUAAGGAAAAUAUUUAUUAAUAAAUUAUAAGUAACAUAUAUAAUGUUUUCUAGCAGUAGUGGGAUAGUAAGAAGAGAAACCCGUAGUUGGGAUGUGCAGCUCCUCAGCAGCCUCUGUCCUCCUCUUCUGCACUUCUGAAGAAUAGUAGCAAGAAACAUUGUUUUAUCACCUACACUUUUAGGUUUGACCUGUAAUAUUUGUUUUUAUUAGAUUUUAAAAUAUGCAGUUAUAAGUAAUUAAGUUCAAAUAUAAAUUUUGCUGGCAAUGGUCAUAAUUUAGGAAGUGCUAGGCAGAGUGAGAAGGAGGUUAUCUGAAGCUAGGUGGUUUGCAGUUCGUCUGUCCACUGAGCAGCAUGAUCUUGGACCCAGUUCUGCCACUGGCAAGAUGAAGUAACAGAGUUCCAUUCACCGAGCCGAGUCAGGACUGAAUGAGGUAGUGUAUAUUAAAAGCACUGUGGAUAGAGCAGGUACCUAACUAUAGUUUCAUGUGAUCAUAAAAGUCCAAAAUCUCUGGUACAGUAGAACUCUUAACAGUGUUUAAACUGAAGGAAGAUGCUGCCAGUGGUAUAGAGUUUUUGCUUGUUUGUUUGUUUUGACCGUCACCGUAAGUGACAGAAGGAGUAGCAAGUAUGGCCAUGGUCACCGUAGAACUAGGUAACAGGUGGUUACCCCCAUGAGCCUCAGAGUACAAGUGAAAAAACAGAUGUGCGGAGGAUGUAGGAGAAAGCAGCCGUAGUCUGACACCUUGCAAAUGGGAGCAUUGUAAUGUUCUCACCUCAGAGAACAGUGGGCCAAUCCAAAAAUCAUGGCUGAAACGCAGAUGAGCUCUACAGAAUCCUGUCAGCAGCCUGGUGAGUGUUGAAAUAGUGGGAGGCCUGGCCGGAUACUCUACACAUUCUAAAAUUAAUGAGGUGAAGCAUAGCACUGGGAAGAAACUGCUAGAAUUUAAUCCAAAUUGGACAGGAUAGGCAUGAGACAUAAAGAAGAGACAGCUAAGAUAAAUGUUGGGAGGAAAAGCCUGUAAAUAUAGAUGCACACAUAGAGGCAUACAUAUCCAUUUAAAUCACAGGAACUGGAAGGGGGCUAGAAAGAUAGAGCCAUUUCCUAGAGAAACCCUUCCUUCAAGACAGGGACUUCACUGAAAGUAAAAUGUAAGAGUGCAGUUGGUUCCUAAAGGUGAAAGAAGCAGAGCAGUUCCUCCAUACAGGAGCACAGGGGCACAUGCAAGGCCCCUGGGGUACCAUCCUUGAAAGGGCAGGCAGUAACGUAGAGUAGGGAUUGCGGUGAUACCUGUGGUCCCAGGAGUGGGGCAAGGAGCAAAACAAAACAGACAAAGGAGGCAGGAAAGAUGAAAGAAGAGGCAAUUAAUUAGUCCAAAGCCAAGAAAUUCAAGAGCUUCUUGGCAUGGUAAGGAUGCUCAGGGAAAUAACCCACCAGCUAACCUCUUUAAGAGGAGAGACAUGUAAGAAACUCUAAGUGAGGAGAACGGGUUGUUAAACAACUGUUUUCAGUUGUCUGAGGAAUUUUACAAAUUAAGAGAUGAAAUUUUUAGAGGAAAAAUACUAAUUGAUACAAUCUAAUACAGAGAAUACAACUGUCAUAGGGCAAUACAAACAAAAGACCUUUGGACACACUUGGAAGGUUGAAGAGUCUCAGUGUUGCUUUCAUAAUUUCACAAGCUAGAGAAGGGAUCUGGAAUCUUAAGUUACUACAUAAAAGAAGUUUUUUCCAUAUUUACUUUGUAAAGUUGGUAUAAUAACAAGUGAUUUGAAAAACACAGUAAAGAUUGUGUGAAAAAAGGAAAUUGUAGGUAAGUCUGGCUUGCUAUCGCCUCCAGAGAGUGGGGCAAUAGCUCUUUCAGUAGUGUUUGCCACUCCAUCUUGAAGGCCUGAGUGUGGUCUGCAGCACUCUGGUAAACAACUGGUCUUGAUGUUGAGCACUUGUUCCCAGCUCAGAGAAGGCGGAGAGAGGCAGAUCGUGGAGCGUGUUGGUUAGCCAGCCCAGCCUAAUUGAUGAGCUUCAAAUCCGCCUGGCGACCCCUGUCUAGAAAAUACGGUGGGGCAGAUGAGCUGUUUCAGUCAGUGGAGGCUCUUGCCAUACAAGCCUGGCCACCUGAAUUCCAUUUCCUAGAGCCCAUGUAAAGUGGAGGGAGAAACGAACUCCACAGAGCUGCCCUAUGACCUCCAUGCGCAUGCCCAUGGCAGGUGCACACACACACACACAAAUAAUACAUUUUAACUCAGUGUGAAAAGCCGAAGAACAACUGAGGUUGACCUCAGGCCUCCACACAUGUAUUGAAAAAUAAUCCAAAUACAUAACUAUGAAGACACGUUAUUCAGUAAUUUGUUAGGCCCACAACUCAGUAUCACUUGAAAUAAAGAAUAAACUCAUGGCUUGUUUGAGUUUAUAUUAGGAGUACAAGGAUAAUUCAAUUUUAGAGAGUCUUAAUGCAGUAUUAUAAGAUUUGCUUUGAUGGAAUUAGGCACUCCUUUUAGAAACUGGUACAUAAUUCACUGACAUGGCAAUUCUUCCCUAGAGCAAGCGUCUUACCAUUGAAACCAAAGAGCCUUCCUGACAAAGCCAGACUAUGCUCACUGUCUCCUUUACUGUUUAACACCAGGCUAGAACUUUUCCCCAGGAAGUUAGAGCAAAGCCAUGAGUUAGGAAGAGUUCAGACUUGGCAUAUAGGAUCAUCGACUUGAAACACCAAACCAUAAAAGAAGCUAAGAAACUGCAGUAGUUAGCAUGUAGGCAGCAGUAAGAUUUAGCAGACCUGGGCAUAAGGCCUUCAUUUCCACAGUUUCAGAUUGGGCUAAGUGUCGUCAGAAAUCUCUCUUUCAGCAAACUCCUCCCUACCCAAAAGUAAGUGCUAUCAGGACUGGCCAGGGCCACCUGCUUGUGUGCAACAUGUGCUGUGCAGGUGCAGCCUUGUGGAAUACACUGGCUUUUACUUGGCUUCUUUGCCCUCGAGGAGAACACAAGGGCUCUCUGGUGCUGGUUACAUGGGUGCGUUCUACAUUUUAUGAGUAUUUACCAAGCUGUUCAAUCAAUCAUGCUUCGUGUACUGUUCUGUAUUGUAAAUACAAUUCAAUAAAAAUGUUUAGUUUAAAAAGA